CAGUUCACAGAUUCAAUUGGAGGCCAGCUGGUGGUAAACACAUCCAAGUAGCACAAAACAUAAAAUCAUACAAGAAAAAUGAAGAAAGACAAUACGAAUGUAACAUUUGCCUGAAAUCCUUCAAAAGAUCUCAUCAUCUUGAAUCCCACAAAAAGACCCAUACCGACGAGAAGCCAUUCAGUUGCGCUUUCUGCUGUAAGACAUUUAGACGCAAACAUCACCUUAAUAGACACAUGAGUACUGUUCACAGACAACUCAUAAAUCGGCAGGUCACAGAAUAUGCUGAUAUGAAUGCUGAAAAAGGCACAUCGGAAAAUGUUUAAAAACAAAAAAGACUCCAGAUUCAUAUAGCAUGCCGUUUUUGUAGUAUUAAAGCGAUCAUCCCAAAUUGUGAUUUUGAUAAACUCACCUGGCCAAUCCACUUUCACAAAAACUUCAAGAUUUGAAGACUUAAACUAUUUAAAAGUCUCUCUGACUAAUAUGAAAUACAAUGUGUAUGUAUAGGAUGUUCUAAUUAUCCCAUAGUUGAGGUCAAAUCAUCCCAUAGUUCACCACACAUUGAUUUAAAUAUAUAUAUGUGUUAUUCUACAGAUUUGACCUCAACUAUUACUUAUAUUCUACUGUGUGUCAUUUUAUUAUUGUAGUGUAGUUACUAUAUUAAGUAUAUUUACAUUCAUGUAAUUAUACUGAAACUGAUAAUUGUUUGCUUUUUGUUGUAAAAAUAAAAU